AUGCGCCCAGACUUGACCUUUGGCCCGCCGGGCGACGAGUGGCACUACGAUAGACCGUCGCGAACCUAUGAUCUCACCCGGGGCCGGUCGCCGGCUUGGAAGGUCGGCACCAGCCAAGGACCAGCGGGGACGUCGGUUUCGGUGAACCCCCACAGCACGGCGCUCGUGGUUGUCGAUAUGCAAAACUAUUUCUUGCACCCCAGCUGUCGAGACCACCCGGCCGGGCUUGCUGCGGUGGAGCAGACCAAGAGGGCUGUUGAGAAAUGCCGCGAAUUAGGUAUUCAGGUAAUUUGGCUAAAUUGGGGCCUGACCGACGACGACCUGGCGCGAAUGCCCGCCAGCGUCCAACGUGGCUUCUCGCGAUCGCUCAUCCUGGGCGAGGAGGCGACCAACGACAAGGGCACCGUCGCCCGCCUCGGCCUCGGUGCAGAUCUCGGCGGCGACAGGGGCCGCUGCCUCGUCGCGGGCGAGUGGAACGCCGACAUUUACGAGCCGCUGAAGCGGAGCAGCCUCCGCCCGCAGGAGGACGUGCGGUGCGACAAGAAUAGGAUGUCGGGGAUGUGGAGCCCGGAGCAGCCGCUUCGGAAGUAUCUAGAGCGGACUCGGAAGGAUGAUGAAGAUGGUGAGGAGGCUGCCUCCGGGACCGCUGAUGGAAGGGGAGCAGGAGGGAUACGAACGCUGUUCUUCGCCGGGGUCAACACCGACCAGUGCGUUCUCGGCACGCUGACGGAUGCGUAUAAUGCCGGGUGGGAUUGCAUCUUGAUUGAGGACUGUUGCGGGACCGGGACGCCUGGGGCUCCCGAGGUGUGCCUUUACAAUAUUUCUGGCUCAUACGGGUUCGUCGUCUCGACAGAGACAUUUCUCGCCGGAACAGCCUCUUGA